AUGUCGAAGCCUUGGCAGGAGCCAUCUUUUGGCGAUUUGAAGAUCAAAGACAAAAUCGUCGAAGGAGAGUUCAGGACCGGUUGGCCACGACUCGUUCCUGCCCCUGCGCGCAUCCGCCCGAUUGGUGACCCGAACACCUACAUCGAAAACUACGACGAGAAACGUCGUCGUGCCUUUCCCUCCAUCCUCCGCGACGAGGGUGUCAGCUAUUCCCGGAUACGCCUGAUUGGGCGCCAGUCAGCCGGCGUCGACAAACCUGAUCCGUUCCCUACGUUGCUCGUCGAGACGACGUCGUACGAAGGGGCAUGGUCCAACGCGGUGUUAAAACUAGUGAAAGCUCUCAAGAAAUCCACCGUCAAGCACCGCGGCCCCAUCCACGUCGAGAUCGUGGAGCGGGGCUACGACGAUCCGCGCGUGCUCCCCAUUGAAGCGUACGACACCGUGCUGCCGAUUUGGCGCGACGACCUCGGUCCGUCGGUCGUGCAGACGCUGGCGGAGUUUCGGGUGCAGUGGAAGCUGCUUUCGCUCGUCAAGAUGGGGUGCUGUCCCGUUUCUGAAUUUGAUCGGCAGGCUAGGCCGCCCCUCCCCAUCAUGCUGGUCGAGGCUUGGGACGCGAAUGAGGAGGUCUGGGAGCGCGAGAUUUUGCCCCGGCUGAAGGGUCUGAUUGCUGACACGAGGAUUGCCAAUGUGGAGAUUUGGCAGGCGUAUGAGUACGGGGACAACGAGGUGCUUAAUGUCACACGGCUUCCCGAACGUACAUGGUGGGAAAGGCCCUUGCGGAUCGGUGAUGGUUUGGGUCCUCAGGGGGUCCCGUCAAUCGGUACGCUCGGUGGCUUUCUUGACCUUGAAGAUCGAGAGAGGAAGAACAGCACUACGUGCAUUUUGACAAGUUUCAACGCUGUUCGAAACUGCUCUGGUGUUGCACCUCGCUCAGACUCUCCCCCGGAGAAAGCAUUCAUAUCCCGCAACAUCACGGAUCCCGAUCCCCGCCCCAUCCUCAAGUCUCCCACCGACCCAGAUGUAGAAAGGAAGAUCGAACUCGUGCAGAGGGAGAUCGAAGGACUCAAGAGGGAAAUCUACGGAGAGGGACAGCCAGCCGGCUCGCCCCCCUGCAUCGCGGACCUGGCCGAAAAGGGCGAUCAACGCGCCAUGGAGGCGGUGGAAGUGUCCCGGCGAAUGCUCGCCAUCCUCGACGACCAAGCGAGCAAGCUCUCAGAGACGACUCAGUUCAUCGCCGGCAGCGUUCGGGCGGUGUCCGGGUUCGCACAUCACGACAGCAAGAAAGUAGCUUUGGACUGGGCCCUCGUCGACGUUGCCCCGGGCCGUCCGGUCGAUCUCCAGUUCCAACGAGACAACCAGCUGCAGGGCGAUCUCGACUUGCCGUUCUGGACGAGAAGGGAGUUUUCGAGCUGGAAGAAGAUCUCGUCGUUCAAGACGGGAGACGUGUUGAAGGUGGGGAGGGCGACGGGGUGGUCGUCCGGCCAGCUGAACUACGCGAAGGCGUGGUUGAACUUUAGGAAGGAGGAGGGCGCGUUGGGUGGGCAGCAGGUGUAUGGCACAGUGGUCGAAUGCAUGCGGAUCGAGAAUCCGCGGGGGCAGCGGCACCCGUUUUCCAUCGGAGGUGACACGGGCUCCAUGGUGUUGGACGCUGAUGAUGGCGCCUGCAUUGGUCUGCUGUUUAGUGGCGACGAGGGUGAGACGUACGGGCUGAUGGCGCCAAUCGAGGACGUGUUUUAUUCUGUCGAAGAAGUUACCGGCUGCAAGGUUGUGAAGCCACAGCUCAUUUCCGAAGCUGACUGA